GAAGGCCAGCAGUCGAGUCCCGUUGGUGAAACAGGACGGGUCGGUUUCUGUUUUGUGCGCGCGUACACUUCUCUCGGCUCGGCUCUCUCCUCCGACCGGUGGGUCGCGUGACAAAGGCCCGUCCAUAUUACCUGUAAAAAGGUCUAGAUAGUGUCGUCCAGUGUCUAUUGUGUGGUGCUGGUUCUAAUUAUUUUCAAUUGCUGGCCGUCGUUCAUUUUUUGUUUUGUUUCGCUCUUAUAAGUUUUGCGGUACAGUUGUAGCGGAGAAAAUGCUGUCGUCUAUUAUUCGGAUGGGGACUUACUAAAUUCGAGCGAAUGUGGGUGAUGCCAUCUGCCUGACGCAAUGCCUUUGUCUCUUGUACCAAGUUGACGGCAAUUGGCGCAAGCAAACGGCCGUGACACGUCCGAAAAGUGAAGAAGAAGAAGGAAGAACAAAUAAAAAUCAAACGGCUCGGCAAACACGGCAAUAGAGACGCCGGAGAGAGCUGCUACUAACCCCGGCGGCCUCAAUAUCACACGCUUUCCUCUAUCGGUGCAAUCUAUUAAACACCACCCGAAAAAGAAAAAAGCAGCAGCAUCAUUUUCCAAACUACAAACAAACAACGACAUAAAAGUUCCCUCCUCCAUUUCUUCCACUAUCGAACAAAAAUGUCGGCAGUCGGCCAGUGACUAUAAAAUAAAUCAAAAGGGGGGACUCGAAACUCGUAACGUCGUCCUUACAGUCUAGCAAAAACGGCAUAACACAGACACAAUCAUCUCAGGAUUUUUUCGUAUAGACAUUCAAGAAGAAGGAGAAGUAUCCUUCUUCUUAUAUCUCGUCGUCAAAAGGACCAUUUUGACGCAACAAUAACGCUGGCAUCUUCUUUUGUGAUCGGAACAUUUCAGCUGCGAUCGACUCUAUUGGCAUUCUGCAGACGGUGGGAGUCGUAUGAAACCAUCGCCGCCGCUGCUGCUGCUGUACUACAUUUACAGCAGAGGAUAUUUUUAUAAAUAACGAACGUUGCAUGCGAGUGAGCGGUGGGGGGCUUUUCAUCAUGCGCACUGUAACGGUCGCGAAGGGGUCGUCCGCCUGCUCCUCUCCCUCCAGCUCGCCCCUCUCGACUCUUUGUGUGUUAGUGGCCCAUUGCUUGCGCAUCUGCUUAGUACAAUCGGCAAAAAAAAAUUGAAAGAAUAACCAGAAUAGACAGCCAAAAAAAAAAGAAGAAGAAGGAAUCGCCUCCACCGCCGCUACUUGUGCGCGCCCCUAUUUAACCGAAAUUUGGGUGCGGAAUUAUUCGUUCAAGUUGGUGGAACUUUUUUUUGCCGAUUUUUUGUGUUCUCGUGAAACUUUGAAAAAAAAGAAGAAGAAGAAGAAAAGGAAGAUAACGUGGGCGUGCGUUUAUUUCUUUAUUUCUCCUUUUUUCUGAACAAAUUCUCGUCGUCGACAAUCUGAAGCCCAAAAAGUCCCGCGCCAAUGGGAUUUUGGGCAACGUUUUGGUGGAAAUGCCCGUCGUCAUGGCCACAACAGUCAGAAGGAUCAAACACGAAAUGAAAAUUCGACGCUCCCUGUCAAUGACUCCCAAAGCGGAUAGCCAGUCGGGCCCGUACAAAGCUGUUCCAGCGCCGAAGCCGCUGGCCAAUCCCCCUCCGUAUCGUCAACCGCCGCCGCCAGCCAAUUCAUCAUCGCCCGUGCUGGCCGCUGCACGGCCUCAUUUGCAUCACAACGACCCGUCCGUUGCUGCUUCUGCCGCCUCAGCUGCUGCCGGCCCCGCCGCCACAUCCGAGUCAAAUCCAAAGAGCGCCGGUCACGGUCUCUUGGCGCACUCCUCGAAAUUUCCGAUUGAACGCCAACUGGUCGUUACUACUGGUGACAAAAUCGCCGAGGUUGGACGUAUCGAGCGUAUCGCAACCGAAUCCAAAGGAUCGUCAGACAACAAAAUUCCAGCCACUGAGACAGCCGAUUCAUCCGCAAUGCAAACCAUAGUGACGCAGUCGGCCUGGAACGAGGAAAGACGCACGGUCACGCAGGGACGGCAUGGCGAGGUUAUUGCCGGAGCGCCUCACCACGCUGGUCACCAUUACCCGGAUGGGUUUGAUCAUGUGUCCGGCUCGGAGGAAUUGCAUCGACCCGCCUCCUACAUGCCGAUGCAUAUCCAUUAUACGGGAUGGCGCCAGGAGAACAACUACGUUCCCAUGAAUUUCGACGGCCGCGUCCAGCACCAACAGCAGCAACACCAGCACCAGCAGCAGCAGCAGCACCAACAGCAACAGCAACUGCACCAGCACCAGUCCCAGCAGCCGUUUGGUCUGACGGUCGGCAAUAAUAAUAGCACCGCCACAAGCUUGGGCGAUCAUUCGCUCAGCUUUGACUCGCAGCACACGGGGCCUGCAAGUCUGCGUGACCCGUUCGCGCCCGCCAUUCAUCCCAAUUCCAACCACAUGACGCAGUACGAAAUCCAAGUGGACAGUGAGCGAGCUGACAGGCCUAACAGCAACGUCACGGUAGCUCCGUGGAACAAUCAAGCCAGCGACACGUCAACUUUCGACCGUCUCCGUGACACCUGCAACAAAAUGUUCUUAAGGGACGGUCACCUGCGCGGAUCGUCACAGUUUGCCUUAUCGCCCACUUUGCCUCGGGCCAUGGAACGACUUACAAUCGAUCAGAGAAAUGGUGUCGAGCCUUGCACGAACGCCAACCCAAAUAACGACCCGUCAGUUGUACUCUCCAACAUCCAGCCGGAGAAGGCGCAGAGGGAGGACGGCGAGACGGCCAACAUCAACAACAAAAACGGUUCCAUGCGAAAGAAACUGUCUGGCAAGACCUAUCACCACAUCAAAGACAUGUUCACCACAAAGUUUAACAAAUCGUCCAAGAGUAAACUUAACGGAACCGAGAACAAUGCGGGAACGGGUCCGGCCAACAGCUCGGCUGCCAGCACGGCCGCCGCCGUGGCCGCCGCCGCUGCAGCCGCCGAGGCCAUCAUUAGCGAACACGGAGUACAACAGAAUGGCGCGGCCAGUCAACUUGGAAGGCAGCCCGAUCCGGUUCAUUCGAUCAAUCAGCGCAUCAAGAGUCAACUGACUGGCCAGAACAACAGCAACCAGCACUCCACCACCAACAACAACAACCCGCAGCAGGUAUGGGGCAGCUAUGGACGCCAGUCGGCGAGGAUGGAAGCAUCCAUCAACGAUAGCGAUGCCAGCGCCUUGGCAAAGUUGACGCUCAGUCCGACGCCAAACGGUCCCGAUUCCCUCGCCCCGGCCCAAAGUCCCUACAGCUUGCGGCACAAGCCAUCCGUCACCUUCCGGAUGGAUUUGAAUAACGAGUGCCAAUACAGCGGUGGCGACAAUUCGUCCUCGUCGGCGGCCGCUUCGGCUGUCGCCAGCACAAACGAGUCGGCGUCUCGCUACGGAUCCAGGACCACCCAGGGACAAGUGGUCCUCUACGACGACACGAUGCAUUUCCCGCAACACCAGCCGCCCGCCAAGGAAGGGCCACCCAAAAGCUCGUACGGCGAACACGAUUCGUCCCUGUCGAGCAUCGCUUCCGCCGGCCAGCAAGCCAUGAAAAACCGAUCCGUAUUCAGUUACAGCGACUACGACGUGCCACCGAAAUCGGUGUCACUCAGCUCCCCGAUGAUGAACGAAGGCGGUUCAUCUAGCGGCCACCAGUCGGCGGGAAGCUCGUCGGAUUUGGACAAGCGAAGUGGUCAGUCGGUUAGCACUAACGAUUCGGGCCUAGGAGUCUUGGUCGAUCCGUCUGGCCAGCGCGGUAGAGUCAACGGCCAACAAAGCUAUCACCUGGACACCAGCACGGAAACGGAAAUGUUCGUCGGCCGACAAGGCCAGCUGAAUCAAUCUUCGUCCGACUGGGCAGAAGCGGCUGAUCGUGAAGUCAACAACGUCAUGGAGAUGCGUAGUUACCAGUCUAAGCAGUCCCAGCAAGGAUUGCAAUCGGCCACACCGCCUCUGCCGCCGUUGUCGCCCGACGUCUCUCCGAAACCGACGCCCAAGAUGCAGCAAAAGUUCAGCAACAGCAAACCUGAUUUACUGGAACCAGCCAACGGUCCCAGUCCGAUGGUGCAACGCGUCAAACCCACAACGCCGGCCAAGCCUAUGAGCAACAAUCACCGAAUCCUCGAGAGCCAAACCAAGCUAGGCCACCAUGCCAAACGACGUGGUGAGGACAACAAAGGAUCUUUGGUAUCCAAGUCGCUUUCUUCGGCUAAACUGAGAACAUCCAAAUCCGCCGGAUCGUUACAUCCGCUAACGGCUCUUCAAGAAGCCCUCGAUCUGGGAGACAUCACUUCUACCACAACCGGCCUCGAUUUGGACGCCGAUUCGGACUCGAGCUCGUCGCACAGUGACGAUGAUCUGAGUACCACAAUGGAUAUGAAUGACUCCCGAACGAUCCGACGACAACUGGAAGGACUAGAAUCCAUGUAUUCAGAGGUAUUGAAAGCGCUGCACAAGAAAUCGACCCGAUCUGGACCGUCAGAUUACAAAUUGUCGAAGCGAAGAAUGUACGGCAGCGUUUCAUCUUUACCCAGCUCCGUGUGUAGUCGACCCGUCUAUCGUGAUCGCAGGCGGAACGAGGAGCGUCGUCGUCCAAAAGAGUCCAAGUCGUCCAACAAAAGGUUCCAGCGCUUGGAGUCGCACGUAGUGACCCUGGCUCGAAGUGUGGCCCAUCUCUCCUCUGAAAUGCGGACCCAACACAUAAUGAUCCAGGAAAUGGAGACGAUUCGAAGCGAAAUUGCCCAAUUGCGAACCGUUCCAAUGAGGAUGGGUUCAGGAAAUCCGUACAACACUGGCGCCAGUAUUAAAUUACCGAGAGGUUACCGUGUGGAUCGCGACACUUGCUGGCAAGGUGCCGUUCCUGCUCUCACAGAUCCUUCGCGAGUUAAGAAAUUGACCAGCUUUUUUGGUGAUGAACCGCCUCUCUUAAGGAUCUUUCUCAAAAAGCUGGGUUACGAGAAAUACGCUCCACUGUUCGACCAGGAGAAGAUUGGAAUGAUCGAACUGCCCUACCUGACCGAGGAGCGGUUGCACAAAAUGGGCAUUCCAAUGGGUCCCCGAAUUCGCAUCUUACAGGAGGCACAACUUUCCAUCCGAUCCGAUAGUAUGAACGAUUACGGAAUGGUUUAAAUGUAGAGAUAUCAGACUUUUUUUGUAACUUUUUUUUUUUUUUACUAUUGUUGUGGAAUCAAUGAAAGCCUACACAUAAUGUAAUUCUCCUCCUUCAACUGAGAAUCUCAGUUGACUUUAUCCAUUGGUCGUAUUGGUCUCUACAAAAAUCUUUUAUGCGUUUUUUUUUUACAUUUUCUCCCACGCUUCUCAAAUAUCGAAAUACAUUUUAUAUCAAAGUUUACAAAUGUU